AUGGGGCUCACCGGAUCCAGCCCCUGCACCGGCAUCCCCAGCGUGUGCUGCCUGCCCGGCUUUGUCUGCGGCGGCGUGCGCGGAGGCUGCGGCCGCGCAGGGGAAGUUGGGGUGCAGGGCGCUCAAAGCGGGAUGCAGGAUGGGCACAGCGCGGCCCUGCCUGCGCCUGUCCUGCCUGCGCCCUGCCUGCGCCCUGCCUGCGCCCUGCCUGCGCCCUGCCUGCCCAUGUCCUGCCUGCCCAUAUCCUGCCUGCGCCCUGCCUGCCCAUGUCCUGCCUGUGCCCUGCCUGUGCCCUGCCUGUGCCCUGCCUGCCCAUGUCCUGCCUGCACCCUGCCUGCUCCCUGCCUGUGCCCUGCCUGUGCCCUGCCUGCCCAUGUCCUGCCUGCACCCUGCCUGCUCCCUGCCUGUGCCCUGCCUGUGCCCUGCCUGCCCAUGUCCUGCCUGCACCCUGCCUGCUCCCUGCCUGUGCCCUGCCUGUGCCCUGCCUGCCCAUGUCCUGCCUGCACCCUGCCUGCGCCCUGCCUGCGCCCUGCCUAUGCCCUGCCUGCCCAUGUCCUGCCUGCACCCUGCCUGUGCCCUGCCUGCCCAUGUCCUGCCUGCCCUCCUGCCUGCGCCCCAGCAGGAUCCGACCCCGCUGGGUGCUGGGGUUCCCCAGCACAGGGGCGAGGGAGGGGACAAGUCCUCGCAGCCCCGUGUUGCUACUCCUUCCCGCUCGGUGCACAGACAGCCCAGGACCCCGCGGGGGUGACGCUUUGCAGGGGUUUCAACAUGAUACAGGGUCACUGUGAGCCCCAAGUUUUGUGGCAUCCCUUGCGGCCUCUGUGGGACACAGGGACCCCCUGGGUCCUCCCUGUGGCCUCAUCCCUUGCUGGGCCAGCGGCUGCUCCCAGAAUGACCUCUGGGCUUUGCAAUCUGUGUGUUGGGCGUGCAAAUUGUGCAUCGGGCGUGCAAGCUGUGAGUGCCGACCGUGCAGGGAGCGUGCACCCAGCAGUGUGCACCCGUCGUGCAGGGAGCGUGCACCCAGCAGUGUGCACCCGUCGUGCAAGGAGUGUGCAGGGAGCGUGUACCCAGCAGUGUGCACCCAGCAGUGUGCACCCAGCAGUGUGCACCCAGCAGUGUGCACCCGUCGUGCAAGGAGUGUGCAGGGAGUGUGCACCCAGCAGUGUGCACCCAGCAGUGUGCAUCCGUUGUGCAAGGAGUGUGCAGGGAGCGUGCACCCAGCAGUGUGCACCCAGCAGUGUGCACCCAGCAGUGUGCAUCCGUCGUGCAAGGAGUGUGCAGGGAGUGUGCACCCAGCAGUGUGCACCCUGCAGUGUGCACCCGUCGUGCAAGGAGUGUGCACCGGCCGUGCAGGUGGCGCCGUCCUCGUGAGCCCGGUGCAAGCAGCGUGCACCGAGCGGCGUGCGCCGCGGCCCGGCAGCGUGCGAGCGUGCGGCGGCUCCGUCCGGCCCUUCCCUCCGCCGAAAGCCGACAGCUUGCGAGUGGCACUUAGCGCGGAGCAACUGCCGUGUGAUUACCCAUCGGAUAACGUUUUAAUUGUACUUCUGGCACUCUGUCAAGCUAAUUUGAACUGCAUUUCAAUAUUACGGCAUUUAUUUAGUGCCAUAACAAUAUGGAUUAAUCUUAAAUUAUAACACCGAGGAAAUUAUAUUACACUUAUUUCUUAUUUGCCAAAUAUUUAAAGGGGCCGCAUGGGUUGCGAAGUGUGCGGGGGGGCCCGGGGGCUGCAUCCUGCCCCUGCGCGGGCCCGGGGCGCGGGGUGGCAGCUCGCGGGGAGCGGGGCCGUGGGGACGCGUGCGGAGGGUCCCUGCCAGCUCCCGGCGUCUCCGCGUGCGGCCCUGGCCCCGGCCCCACUAGGAAUGUUCCAGCCCCGAAAUAGCCGAGGGAGUAACCCAACCCCGCGCACGUCCCGCCGCCGCGGGACCGGGGACCGUCACCUCGCCCGGGCUGCCUCCGGGGCUCUGGGAGGCCACAGCCCCCCCGCCUCCCUCUGCAGAAUGGAGCCCCUAAAUAUUGGGGUGCAGCUGUGCACCCACAGCAGGGAGCUGGUGGGUGCAGCCAUGGGGAGCUGGGGACCCCCCUCCCUUUCCUGGCAGCCCCUUGGGGACCUCGCCCAGAAACCUGCUGGGCUGGAGCGACCCCCCAGGGCUGCAGCCCCCAUGCCUGCCCUGGCCCCACUCACCAGCAGUGAGACUUUCCACCUUUCAGCGUAAUCCCAUCUGCGCCAGGAUCGGUGCGGGGGCGAAGAGUGGCUUUUGGGGGGGAGCACCCCUCACUGACCCCAUCCCACCGGCGCUCGCCCCCCCUGGCCUGCACCCUCCUGCUGCUGUCGGUGUGGUUGUGCUGAGACCCAGCACACUCAUCACAUGUGUGACCCACUGGGGAUUUGGGGCCAAAGCCCCCCCGGCUCCCCGGCUGCGGUCUGGCAGUGCGGAGGGGGUAGCGGCUUCCCUUCCCUCUUAACUCUGCCCUGCGGCCGCUGCCUCCCCUGGCCCCCUCAGGGGUCCCGGCACCGCCAGCCCCAAAACCCACCGGUGCAUCCCCCCCCUCCCCUGCCUCAGUUUCCCUGCCUGGCCGUGCCGCGGGUUCCAGCUCAGCACGGGGGCAGAUGUGGCGUGACCAGGGCUGUGCCAGGGCGGUUGUGGGGUGAUGUGGCCAGCGCAGUGCUGUGCGGUUGUGCCGGAGCUGUUGGGGUUCCUGGCAUGGGUGUGAGGAGCAAAGCCGGGGGCCGGUGCCCGGGACGCCCCCUCCCUCCCCACUGGCUCCCGGCUCAGGGGAUUUUCUGGCUGGCCGUGCUGGUGCCGGAGCCGGGAGCGCUGCCUGUGGGGUGACUCACGGUGCUGGCCCCGGGGAGCCCGGCCAGGGAGUUCCCAGGCUGACGGUGCCGGGGGGCGGGGGGGGCCCGGGGUGUAACCCCACUGCCCAUCUGCCCCAUGGCCCCGCGCCUGGCAUGGGACUGAUCCGGCACGGCCUCUUGGGUGAGAUGAGUUGUGCACGGUCUCAGGGACCCCUCCCUCCCCUCCCCAUUGCUGUGGCUGGGGGGGCAGCAUCAAGGUCUGCACCGAGCCGUGCCACACUGAGCCGUACCAUGCCAAGCCAUGCCAUGCCGAGCUGUGCCACGCCAAACUGAGCACACGAGCGGCCGGGGCGAGGGGGGCGGGUGGGAACGGUGCAGUGGCCGUGGGGCCAGCACGCCAGGGAUCUGGCCGUGCCAGGGGGCGUGAGUCAGCGGGUGGGAGGUUGGGGAGCGGCGGCUGUGGCCCCGCCAGCCCCCCCGGGAGCCCUGCGCCAGCCCAGCCUCGCCGCCAUUGGGGGGGGUUAUUUUUUUACAGCCUGUUUCACAGCUUCCAGAAAAGGCUCGUUCUGGAAACCUCGGCUUCCUGCCCGGCACAGCCGCCCGGCACGCUGCCGGCUCCACACCCCGCGUUGGGUCCCCCGGCACGGCCGGGACUGGGGGUGUGCCGGGGCGGCUGCCCGUGGGCAGCACCGGGCACGGCUCCCCCGGGAUGCGUUGGCGUGGCCCGGCUGGCCAGCGGGACAUACCCGUGGGUCCCGGUGCGUGCCAGCAUGGCGGGGGCAGCGUCCGGCUCCGGUGCCGGUUCCCAGGGCCGCGGGCAGGGUGUGACCGUGCCCCGGCCCACACGGCCCUGCCCGCGCUGGGUCCCGGCCGUCCGGCGCAGGAAGGAGCGAACUGCCUGAAACCACAUCCCGACACUCAUCCCAGAGGCAUCCCGGAGGGAUUAGCCGGGGAGCGUGGGCCGGCUUAGAGAGCAAAGCGUCGCUUCCUGCCCCGGCCGGGCGGCCGGCCAGCCCGGGCUCCUCCGCGCCGCCCCGAGCCGUGCCGGGGAGGGGACGGGUGGCCGUGACCCCGCCAGCCCACGCUGGCACACACAGGGACACGGGGAGCAGGGCCACGCGGCGAGGGGUGGCCAGUGCUCGCCACUUGGCUCCUGCCCGGCUGUUGGCCAAUGGCUCCGAUGUUUCCACCAUGACCUCAUGGCUCAGCCAGUGUGGGAAGCGCAGGCCUGGGUGUUCCCAGGGGCGCCCGGGCCCCUGGGCUGCGGGGGAGGCCACGGGGGUCCGGGUGGGGGCUGCUCCCCUGCCCUGCGCUUCCCGUGCCGGCCCCGUCCUCCCUGCACGCCCGCUUCUCCCUGCUCACACGUGCACACGCGCAUGUGCACACACAUGCACAUGCGUGCGUCUCUGCCUCCGCCACGGUGUCCCAGCCCUGGGCAGCUGCUGCCAUGGGCUGUCCCCAUGUCCUCAGCACUCCUGCCACCCCCUGCCGAGCUCUGGCGGGUGGGAGCGUGUGUGCACAAGGGUUGUGUCUGCACAAGCAACGUAUGUGCGCUAGGGACGGGUGUGCACAAGGGAUGCGCGUGCAUGAAGGAUGCACACAUGUACCGCAGGCUGUGCGCAGCCCUGCAGCAGGUACCUUGCACACGAGUGUGCACAAGCGAGGGUGCUGGGUGAGUGGGUGCGCAAGGGUGUGGGGGCCCCCCUGACUCUCUCCUCUC